AUGUCACGUCCAUCCAUAGCGAGGGUUUGCGUUGAGGUGAAUCUUCUACAUGAACCACCGAAAAGAAUAAGGUUAGGCACAUCAGAAAAUUCAUAUUUUCAAUCCAUUACAUAUGAAAACUUGCCUGAUUACUGUUUGGAGUGCCGUAAGAUUGACCACGCAGCACCGGAUUGCCGCCAUGUUAAAGGAAGGAAAAAGGAUAUAGAAAUGCGUAGUAAGAACCCUAGCGCGAUGGAAGAUCAAUCUACAAAGGCUCCCGUAGUGGGUAAAGAAAACAUUCCAGUUUCAGUGGAGGCAGUUGUGCGUAAUAAGAACUCUAAAGGGACGGCUGAUCAUUCAAAAGGGGUUCCAGUUGUGGAAAAUAAUAUAUGGAAACAGAAAGAGGGUUCUAGCUCACAUGUUGAAGGAUUGGAAAAGGUCAAGGAAGCUUCGACUUCAGAACAACGAUUCUCGAAGGAUCAGUUAAACUUAUUUUUACAGAAAACUAAACAGAAGGAAGUCUCUUUGGAUGCACAUGAAGAGGAGGAAACAGAAAAAUCUGCGGAGCAAAAUGUUUCAGACCUGCAAAUAGUUGUUUAUAAGGAUUUAGUUAAGGUUACAGAAGAGCUUCCAAAGGUUGUUACCCAGUCGCAUUUCCACAUUCUGUCCGAGAUUCAGGAAAAUCAAGAUGACGAAGGUGAAAAGGAAACACAAAAUGAUCUUGCAAAUCCUUCUUUCGAAUUAGAAGUCGAACCAGAUUCCGUGGAUGAACUAGAAAAAAUAAAAACUCUCAAAAAGAAUUCGGCAAUCUCGUCAGACGAUAGUGAUGUUGGAAGAACUUUGGCCACGUCUCAUUCACAGGAAGCUCAUCUAAUAACCUCUGAUGAUGAAGGGAAAAAGAAGAAAAUAGAAAGACCAAAAGGUUCAACAAAAGCAGCGAAACUUCCUGUAGCAAAAACUCGCGCAUCUGCGAGACUUCUCAGCAAUUCUCUCCCAAACUAG